CAUUGAAAAACUUCAAAAUAAUAUUUGAUGAAUUUUGUAUAAUCUUUGGUCAUAUAACAGGUUUAUUAGCUAUUGGUCACAUUAAAAGCCUUACAUACGUUUUGAGAAUUAAGUUACAUUUCACAGAGCAGGUGAAAUUUCAUUGUGAAUGUUUCUUAAGGGAAUUUUGGAAUAGUUUUUCGCACUCGUCUCAUUCGUACCAAUUAAGCGGUUUCAACUAAAAAUAAUCCCAACUGGACCGAUCCUCAUAUAAGUUCAAAAAGGAGAAGAAUGCCACGUAAGAGAAAUACAACAGCACCGACGAAGCAUGCAAAGCCAGUGCUGUCGGCAUCACAUGAGGAUGACCUCAUUAAUGGAAUGUCUCAGAAACAAAGUGAAGAUAAAAUGAAAGGAAUUCUUAAUGACUUCAGACUUAAUGUGGAGCAGUGCAAGCAGGAAUAUGAGGAAGAGUCGGAAGCUGUAAAGAAAGCCAUCAACAAACAUUACACACAGAUAAUGCUCAAACUCUCACCUAGAGAGUUGCAGAUGACAUUGCUUGAGUACAUAGAGUACACUGACCAGGAAGGCGAGGAGGAGCCCACUGCCGUGCCCAGUCAGCCGCCUGUCUCUGUGCCCUCUAGUCUCCAGACCAGCAAAGACGCACUGAGUAAGUACAAGACAAUGCGGUUGAUCGAUACGAUACCUGAGGAGGGACAGACUGCUGGCACAUCUGCAGUCAAACGUACCACUAGAAAAAGAGCAACAAACAAAGCUAAAGGAGUCACAUUUAAUCCCAAUGCAAUGCCCGACCCUUCAAACAGUUUUGUGACGCCAGCUUUAGCAGGUUCUCGGAACAUGUCUGUACUGGGCUGGGGAGCGACGCCAAUGGUGACCCCAAAGUUUGACCCCCGAUUACCCGUAACCCCGGCCAUGAAGAGACAGAUGCAGCCUGAUGAAACUCUCAUGUCAAUGGCUGGCAGCCCAGUAGACCCUGGGCGACGAACGACGGUGGUGGCUGCGGAUGGUGACAAGGUGAACAUUACGGUGCCAGAGAGUAUGCAUAUCGGGGAACUCCAGGAGUUUAUGAGCAUGCUGGGAAAAAUAAUCAAGUACAAGGACAACCCCUAAAAAGCAUUGUACAUGCAUCUGCCUAAAGUGUGUAAAUAGUGACAUGAUUUUUAAGUUCUUAAUGUUCUGUUUCACCGAUAGCAGUUUUAGGACUCUGGUUUUAUGUUCUGGCUUUUGUAUAUAUCAUAUUCUUUCAUGCUUUUUGGUGAAAAAAGAGUUUUAUCAGUGAAAAAUCAGUAGAGUACAGAAACGGGUGUUAUUAUCAACUUCAAGAACUGCUUUAAAAUCAAUUGUAGUUACUUCCCUUUGAUCAAAACUGAGUAUCUCACUUAUUAUGACAAAUAAUAAUCAAGUAAAAAAUAAUAAUUUAGUAAAAAAAAUGCUUUUGUUUGUUUAAAGAUUGUUUCAGAUGUAAACACAACUUACCAUUUGUUAGGAUGGUUAUACCAUUUUUUAAACUUGAACAUUUGCUUUCAUACAAAACAUUAGACAAAAACAGAUGCUCGAACAUUAGUUAGAUGUUAUAUCAUCUAUUUAAUUUCUUUUCAAACUCUUUGAUUUUUAUACAAAUUCCCUGAAAAUUCUGUGAUAGCUCUAGUAUGUUUUAGAUGUUUCUGUUACAGACCUGGAUCUGGGAAAGAAGAUGAUGUGAUAUUCCUUGGAAUGUUCACGGUCUGUAGAAAUGAAUCUGGUUUCUUAUCAGGAGUCCAAAUGUGUGUUUCUUUUACCUUGAUAUUGGUUGAUUUUUUUUCCAUGAAUGCAAAGUUCUAAUUAUUAUCAUUAAUCAACAUUGUAAAUGUGUAAGAGUGUACUAAAUACUGCUGUUAUAUAUACAACUACAGUGAGAUUUAUUGUUUGUUUCAGCUAAAAAAUCAUUAUAAAUUUCACCGAGUGAGCACCAAAAUCCAUAUUUCACAAGUGGUUUAGCCAGGAAUUAAAUAUUGACUUUGUUGUUCACAGGUUGAUUAUUUUGCAAUCUUACACUAAAACAUACCAUUUUUUUUCUUUUUAUUAAAUUUGCUUAAAGAAAGAUAUAAUGACAAUUAGUAAUUGUUUUUAUGAAAAGCACACCAAUUUGUAUGCGAACGAAGGUGUUGCUUAAAUUGUGUCAAAGCCCUGUGCGCUUGCUUGGACAUUUUAUUUGGAAGUAAGCACAGGCUAAAAUUUGAAAACUAAAAAAUAUGAAAUUGCUUUUUCAAUAUUUGAAAGGGUGAUACAUCUUUUAAAACAUAAAAUUGCAUUACAAUGUAACUAUGCAUGUAUUUAUUGUUUGUAUGUAUGUAUUUGUAAUGUCAGGGAUGUGAUUUGUCCACGGAUUCACGGAAUUCCGCAGCUCUAAUGGCACCAGAGACCC